CUUUUUUUUAUCUGUCGAAUAAAAUAAAUAACAAAUACAAUCACAACCCAUAAUGGCUUCCACUUCGGAUCACCACCGCGAUCUCACCUGGGAGGACAUUAAGGACCGACUGCCCGGUAUUAUAUGCAAGAAGGAGCAGGCAGCCUCAAUGAAAGGCCAUCAUUUGAGCUAUUCCAGAGUCCGAGAACUAUUCGAAGAGGCUCAUAAGAUAUUCAUUUCGCUCAAAGGAGAAGGUUAUCAAGGAGAUCACCUGGUCAACUUGUGGACUCUUGAAAUCAAUAUGAAGGUCAUAUGUUACAAGCCCGAAAUACUACAGAUAGUUUGGGAGGAACCAGAAUUCGAUGAAGCACUGGGCUAUUGGCAGAAGCAUCAUUUCCAGGCUCGAGCGACGUAUAGAUGGACGCAUCUACAGUCGUGGGAGCCAGUCAGGAAGGACCUCCGUAAGCAGAAGCGCAUCAGCAAGUUGCGUGUUUGGUUGACAGGGCUUCAUACCGAUAGCGAGGUGAAAAAGGGCAGCGAGAUGGUACGUGUUGACUCUGGAGUAAGCACUUGAUCGAAAAACUGGCCAACUGUGAGUAAAGCAAUUCUACACGGUUUGACCAAAAGAAAAUCGAUA